CAUCAGCUAUCUAGGUACUCAUCCAAUGCCUGUUGUCUGUAAGCGAUGUGAAUACUAGAACAUUCGCCGCCUUCUAGUAUAGUGAACCAUGCCUGCUAUGCGCGACCUAUUCACACCUGUAUUCCAGGCUCGUUGUUUUGUUGCUGGGGCUUGGGUGUUGAUAGGUAUUUCAGUUCCUGCUCGGUGGAGUAUGUUCGGCGGGGAUCCUCGUACAGCGACUAUAAGUAUCUGCUGCUUCUGGGGAAUCAGGACCAUGCAUGGAAUGAGGUACAAGUGCCAUCCGCGUAGCAACAGAUUGAAGGAUAAAGGCACGUACUCCUCCGGGGGUUCACGGGACGACGCUCUACCCUGCCUCAUGGAAGCUCAUUGCACAUGGCUGUGCUCUCUGUUACACAGACUAGGCGCUUAGUGACUGAUCUGAUUUGAUCACUGGAUAGGACUGAGUCAUAAGCCAGCAGUCCGAGUGGCACAGUGGACCGUCAUGUUAGGGAUUCUGACACAUCGUUAAUCUCAAUCAUAACUGAGCCUUAUCUCACCAGCUGGGC